AUGUCCCCCACUUCCAUCAAAACCCGCUUCCUCAUUCUCUCCGACACCCACGGCGCAGAGCUACCCGAAGCAUGCUUAGAGCACUCGGCAGACGUCGUGAUACACUGCGGUGACCUCACAAAGUCAUCCUACAUAACCGAAUUCCAAACAACCAUCAAACAGCUCCAGCGUCUCAAAGCGCCACUCAAGCUUGUCAUCGCUGGAAACCACGACUUCACCCUAGACACGCCAACCUUCGAACAAAAGAUCCGCGAAGCAGGCCUCAGAAACGAUCCUUCCGUCAAGAAGGUCUACGGAGAUUACGAAGAAGUCAGAACCCUCUUCAAAAACGAACAAGACAACGGUAUUAUCUUCUUAGAUGAAGGGACACACUCAAUAACACUACCAAACGGAGCAUUACUCAACAUCUAUGCCAGUCCAUACACCCCUUCCCUCGGGGACUGGGGGUUUCAGUACCAUCCUGAAAGGGGACAUGACUUUCAGAUUGAGGAGGAUGGUGAUAUCGUGAUUACGCACGGUCCUCCCAGGGGAAUUAUGGAUUAUACUGACAACGGGAGAGCUGGGUGUCCGGAUUUAUUCAAGGCUAUUGCGAGAUCUAGGCCCCGAAUGCACUGCUUUGGACAUAUUCAUGAGGGAUGGGGUGCGAUGAUUGCACAAUGGAGGGAUAGAACUGUUGUUGGGAAUGAACCUUCCCACUUUACGGCUAUCGACUAUGGACAGUCGAGUGUUGUUACUAAGCUGUCCAGACUUGAUCCUGAGACAUCACCGGCUGUUGUAGAAACGAGUCACUGUACGGAUGAUGCGAUUCCAUUGAAACCGGGCCAUCAGACACUUUUCAUAAAUGCAGCGUUUGAGGCUAGCAAUGCGGCAGGUGACGGCCUUGCAAUGCACCCGGUCUGGCAAGUUGAUCUGGAGCUUCCGUGUGCAAGAUAG